UGUAAAAUUAGUACUCUAGUACACUGAUUUUACUAAUCACCGAAUGAUAAAAUUACAGUUAGCAUAAAAAUGUAUCUGGUCGUAUUACAGAUCACAUCCUUCAUCUACAUUUUUUUGGCAAACGCCGAUAAUACGUUAGAAAUUAAAGUGUCACAAGGACGGAUUAGAGGUGUUUUAACACAGACAUGGACCGGUAAAAGUUUUACCUCAUUUACUGGAAUUCCCUACGCCAAACCACCAAUUGGAGAACUAAGAUUUGAGGCACCGGUACCAGCAGAACCGUGGGAAGAUGUACUGGACGCGACCAAAUAUGGAUCGAUUUGUCUUCAGGACUUAUUAUUACUGAACAUUACGGAUGUGCCGGGGAACGAGGACUGUCUUUAUCUGAACGUUUACACCCCUCAGAGACGACUGGGUGGCGAUCGUCUAGUAUCCGUAAUGUUUUAUAAUCAUGGAGGAGGCUGGAUGCUUGGAAGCGGCAAUGAUGAAUGGCACGGACCAGGGUUUCUUUUGGAUCAAGACUUGGUUCUGGUUACGUAUAAUUAUAGAUUAGGUCCACUUGGGUUUAUUAGCAUGGGAGAUGAUGUAGUGCCGGGAAACAAUGGCCUAAAAGACCAAGUUUUAGCUUUAAAGUGGGUAAAAGAGAACAUCAUAGCUUUUGGUGGAGAUCCUAAUCGUAUCACCGUUUUUGGAAAUUCAGCAGGCGGAGCAAGCACGCACUUCCAAACAGUGUCACCGCUAACCAGGGAUUUAAUUAGCGGGGCCAUUCUUCAAAGUGGCACCGCUUUUUCGCCGUGGGCGUUGUCUUCUAAAGAGAGAGCGAGGAACAAAUCAUUGACUUUAGCGGAACGGUUUGAUUGUGCAUUAUCUGACAGUAGACUUAUGAUAGAGUGUCUUAAGACACCAUCUGCAAUGGAAAUAACGAAAGCAUCUCAAAAACUUUAUGAGUGGCAUAAACAUUCUUCAAUACCAUUUCGACCUGUCAUUGAACACAAUAUCAAAAAUUCAUUUUUGCCAGAUCACCCUGCAAACAUAAUCGCAUCGGGUAAGGCAGCAAAAGUUCCCAUCAUGCUCAGUGUAACAACCGAAGAUGGGUUAUUAAUGUCAGGAGGUUUGUUUAACCACAGCGAGAUUUUUGAUCAAUUUACUAAGAAUUUUGAAAAGAAUGCGCCAUUAGCACUAAUCUACGAUGAUCUCACGUGGACGAAUAAGAUUCGGUCGUUCUACGUACAUGGUCAAGAAAUUGACUCAAAGCACACGUCGGAAAUUACCAAGAUGUUUACGGAUUGGUGGUUUUUCUACCCCAUGUACGCAACGGCUCAGAUGCACGCACGGUUUUUAAAAGAAAAUGUUUUCCAGUUAUUGUAUGGGUACCGUGCACCCAGAACGUACGCAGAUAAAUAUGGGAAUGACAAACACAAUUAUGGUGUUGCGCAUUGCGAUGAGCUACUUAACUUUUUCACCACAACGCGUUAUGGAAUUUACCACAAGAGCGAGCUUGAUAUACGAGCUGUUAAAACCACUACCAAACUUUGGGAAAAUUUCGCACGAACUGGGAACCCGACCCCAGAUUCCGAGUUACCCAUUUGGCAACCCACGACUUUGGAGAACUCCAAUUUAUACUUCAUCGACAAUAACGUGGAAACCCGGAUGGUGGAUAAUGUGUUUAUGGACAGAAUCGCCUUUUGGGAAAAAUUAAUGAAUAAGAAACGAAAUCAAAAUGUGGAAUUAUGAAGAAAUAAUUGUAUCAAAAAUAUUGCUCACAGGAUCGAGCACCGAAUGAAUCAUCUUGGGAGCAACUAUAGAUUAGUGCGGUACUAAGAUACUAUAGUCAUUUUUACGGUAGAUAGUUACAAAAUUGGUUUCGGACAAAACGAUAAGGCUAUGGAUCCCUGUGGACCGUUAUUUAAAUCUCCUAAAAAUUAUAAAAUUCAACAACGCGUACUGAACAAACUUUUUAGCACAAAAUGGGGUACACGUGCCCGAUAAGAGAGGAAUAAAUUAGGUUUCAAGGAGAAUCGAGGAUAUUUCAUAGUGCUCAGUACAAAUAUUUUCUUUAAUGUUAUCGUAAAUUUAGUUUGUCAAGUUCUUAGUUAACCUUUGAUUGAUAACAAUAAUAUGUUUGAUAUUUUUUAAUCUUGAAUGUGCAAUACCAUUUUUUGUAGCUACAAGUACCAAAAGUACAUCUAUAUCUAAUAUACAAGCUACAAUAGACCAUAUCUUUUUUUUUCUAAUUAGAAUAAAAAAAAACAUCUAAAAUCGUUUUGUCGAUGUUAUUAUUUUAAAAGGAAAAUAAGUAUCGUGCCAUAUUAAAGAAGCUGCAACUUCAAUAAGAAGGGAAUUAGAGAGA